AUGGCUCUUCUAAAGCAGUGCAAGCAGCAAGUAUGCGAUGUGAUAGAGCAAGAGUCAGAGAAAUUACAUGCCCUGAGCCAGGACAUAUGGAAGACCCCAGAGCUGGCUUAUAAGGAACACACAGCUCAUCAACUCCUUACAAGCUUCUUCUCCAGCCGGGCAUGGGAGGUACAAGCCCAAUACCAUUUGGAUACUGCCUUUCGAGCACAGUGGACCUCUGAAGCCACUGACAGCCCUCGUCUGCAUGUAGGCUUCCUGUGCGAGUAUGAUGCUCUGCCUGGGAUAGGGCAUGCCUGUGGGCACAACCUGAUUGCUGAAGUCGGGGCUGCUGCUGCACUUGGACUGAGAGGAGCUUUGGAGAGUGUGCAACCACCACAGCAGGUCCAGAAAGCUGUCACCCUCAGGCAGUCCUCAUCAUUAUCUUACAACAGAGCUAACGUUUGUGACAGAGAGCAGUGUACGAGAGGCAGAGAUAGAUCUGAGAUGGCUCUUCUAAAGCAGUGCAAGCAGCAAGUAUGCGAUGUGAUAGAGCAAGAGUCAGAGAAAUUACAUGCCCUGAGCCAGGACAUAUGGAAGACCCCAGAGCUGGCUUAUAAGGAACACACAGCUCAUCAACUCCUUACAAGCUUCUUCUCCAGCCGGGCAUGGGAGGUACAAGCCCACUACCAUUUGGAUACUGCCUUUCGAGCACAGUGGACCUCUGAAGCCACUAACAGCCCUUGUCUGCAUGUAGGCUUCCUGUGCGAGUAUGAUGCUCUGCCUGGGAUAGGGCAUGCCUGUGGGCACAACCUGAUUGCUGAAGUCGGGGCUGCUGCUGCACUUGGACUGAGAGGAGCUUUGGAGAGUGUGCAACCACCACAGCAGGUCCAGAUCACAGUGUUAGGAACACCUGCUGAGGAAGGUGGUGGAGGGAAAAUUGAUCUUAUCAAGGCUGGAGCCUUUAAAGAUAUGGAUGUCGUGCUUAUGGCUCAUCCUGCCCAAGGCGAUGCAGGUCAUAUUCCAGCAGAAGUCAUACAUGACAUGACUGUGAAGUAUUAUGGAAAAGCUUCUCAUGCUGCUGCAUACCCAUGGGAAGGAAUUAACGCUUUAGAUGCUGCUAUUCUUGCAUACAACAAUAUCUCUGUCUUAAGACAGCAAAUGAAACCCACCUGGAGAGUUCAUGGAAUAAUAAAAAAUGGUGGUGUGAAACCUAACAUCAUCCCAGAUUACACUGAACUACAGUUUUAUUUGCGUGCACCAUCACUUAAAGAUCUUGCUGAUUUACGGGAAAAGGCACAUGCCUGCUUUAAUUCUGCAGCUACAGCAACUGGAUGUAAGGUGGAGCUGUCCUCUUCUACCCAUGAUUAUUAUGAUGUGCUUCUGAACAAAACUCUCUCAAAAACAUACAAGGAGAAUGGCAAGCAACUGGGAAUGCAGUUUGGUAGUGAAGAAUUGGAGUUAAAAGCUAUAGCAGGGUCAACAGAUUUUGGAAAUGUGACCUAUGAAGUUCCCGGAUUGCAUCCCUAUUUUUACAUUGGUUCGAAUGCCUUUAAUCAUACUGCAGAAUAUACUGAAGCUGCGGGCUCAGAAGAAGCUCAAUAUUACACACUUCGUACUGCAAAAUCAUUGGCAAUGACUGCAUUAGAUGUGAUCUUCAACCCGGAUUUGCUAGAAAGUAUUCGCCAGGACUGGAAGAUGGCGAAGGAAAUGGAAGACAUUCCUUCUGGAAUGAAUAAAGCCAGAGAUUUGAGCUGCAGGGCAGGGUGUUCUUCAGUUCAUAUUAAAAACACAACACAAUAAUGUGUAAUAAUUGGGGAAUAUAACUACACUGAUUAUAUCAUUAUGUAAUUUAGUAGCAUUACUUACUAUAGAUACGCUAGAUAAUAAUCAAAAAAAUACCUAGUUAACUUUCAUGUCUUUCUACCUUUUCUUCUAAAUGGUGUCAUUUUAAUAGUUUUGCUCGAUGGCUUUCUAUGUAUGAAUGUAAAUGACACAAUUAUAACAAUCAGCAAAUCUG